AGUAACCGAAACGUAUCUCUCCUACGCAUGUAUUAGUGUCUGGAAUGUUAUCUUCCAAUUCUUUUUCAGGGAAUAAUUUUCAGAAUUGCACCAUAGGUCCAUGGCACAAUUAUUGAUUGAUGCGCUAACAGGAAAUGUCCUGGAUGCCCAAACAGUAUUAGCUGUACAGGAACUUCUUGAGGCUAGCCAGCCAGGAGCUCAAAAUGAAAGGGUGGAAGUGGUUCCGGCUGCUAAUGAGAGUGAAGAAGAAGGGGAAGAAGACACAUUCAAAUGUGGCAAGUGCAAAAGGAAGUUCACCCAGAUCACUGCCUACUUUGCACACAAGAAGGAGCCAUGCACAGGCAAGCUACCAACGAGCCUGUGGCACAGGCCCACUCAUAGCACCUCAACCACCGUGGGCUCCAUUGACCGGUUGGCAGCUGCUUCUCAGACGCUGACAGCUCUGCGGCAGUCCUUACCUCGAAACGCACGUGUCAUUUUGAGUGAAGCUGACCUUUUGGCACUUUCAAGCUCACUGGAAGGAGCCCCCCAGAUUGCUCUUGAAGAGCAAACUGGCAACAGUGGCGAAGACCCCAUGGGACAAGAUGUUCUGCUGUCAUCAGACCUGUCAGAAGCUGCCACUUGCUCGGCCGUUGUCACUGUGUCACAGGCAACUUUAGAAGGGGACCAAGCUGAGGCGAAUAAAAGUCCAGUUUCUUCUCUCUCAGUUUACACUCGGCCAUUGAAUGCGAUGACUACGACAGGACUCGCCCAAGACCUUGUGGCUGUGGAGAAGAUGACUGCUGGUGAGAGCACCGUGAUAGAGAUGCUGCCUUCGGGUGACUUGAUGACCUCAGAGCUCCAGGUGCAGGUUGAUGAAAAAGGAGUUGAGUUUAUUGUUGCCAAUACUGCUGAGCUAAAGGAAAUACCACGACCUGCUGUACAAGCUGUAGCAACAAGUGUCACCCGGGGCAAGCGGCGAAACCAGAUGGCCUCGGAAACCGCUUCCCAGAAAGGGGGGAAGACUCAGACGUGCCCGUUCUGCAGCAAGGCCUUCUGUAAAAACUUUGACCUGCAGCAGCAUAUUCGCUCACACACAGGGGAAAAACCGUUUCAAUGUGUCAUCUGUGGUCGUGGCUUUGCCCAAAAGUCUAAUGUGAAAAAGCACAUGCAAACGCACAAGGUUUGGCCCAAUGGCUUGUCGUGUACACUGCCACCACAGCUUGUUUCAGAUGGCUCACAGUCAUCUGUGGAAGACCCUAACGGCAAGGAUGACAAUGCAGGAAUCAAGAAGGCGGUUACUGCAGAUGACGUAGCCCUGGUGAACAGCUAUAGCUGCCCAUUCUGUCCUUUUGUGGGGAAGACUUACUUUGAGCUCAAGAGUCACCUGACAUUCCAUAAGCAGGAAAAGGUGUUCAAGUGCAUAGUGGGAAAGUGUGGCGAGACAUUCACCGAGCUAGAUUCCUUCUUGAGUCACGCCAAGAGUCAUGAGAGCAACAUGAUGUAUCGUUGUGGUCACUGUCCACGCACUCUGGCCUCCUUGUAUGAACUCAAUGUCCACCAACUUACACAUUCACUUUGUGUGACCAGUGACAAUCGUAGCAUCAGUGUCACCAUUGGUCGGGGCACAACUGCUGCCAAGGCCAACAACAGGCCCCACCAGUGCCCUCACUGUCUCAAUCGAUAUGCUACGCCAGAAGCAUUAGCUCAUCACCAAGCCACCUGCAGUCACAACUACCCAUGCCCAAUAUGCCGAAAAGUGUUCCCUUGUGAGCGAUAUCUUCGGCGCCAUUUAAUUGUUCAUCGAGCGUCAACACCCCACGUCUGCUCAGUGUGCCACAAAGGUUUCAAGACUGACCAUUACCUUAAGGUCCAUGCAGUUGUGCACUCUGCAGAGAAGCCUUUCCUCUGUUCCCAGUGUGGAGCUACAUUCAACCGACAGGACAAGCUGAAACGGCACUACCUUGUUCAUGAAUCAGUCAAACGAUUCAAAUGCCCUUUUGCUGCGCACCUAGGCUGCCGCAAAGAGUUCAACCGUGCUGACAAGCUGAAAUCGCACUUAUUGACUCACAGUGGCGUGAGACCCUACGAGUGCCGCACAUGUGGUCGUGGUUUCACGCAGAAACAAAGGCUGCAUGAGCAUGAGAAACUUCACUCUGACGUUCGCUCAUAUCAGUGCACCAGUUGCCAGCAGAGCUUCUUGAACCGCAAAGCACUGGAUGACCAUGCAUGCGCUGGCGCAGCCCACCACAACCGACAGGCAUGGUCUGCGGCACUUCGAGGGCAGCGGCGGCGCUUUAACAGCCCAAGGGCAGUCAAAGCAAGAGCGCGAUUGGCAAAAGGGCGAUCGACUGCAGCUGAGGAUGGCGUGGAUGAACUUGCCGGCGAGCCUGUUGAGUUAGGUAAAGGUGUGGGUGAGAAACAGCUUGACUCUACUGGGCCCAAUUUGGAAGAAUUGGAAUGUGCAGAGGAUAUUCCAACAGCACACAUUGAGAUUAUUUCAGCAACAGGAGAUUUGGACACUGCAGUUGCUGCUGUGACACAGGUGUACCAGCCUGUAGAAGAAACCGUGGUGGUCAAUGGUGUAGAGGAAACUACUAUUUUAUAUGAAGCUGUAGACGAACCUUAUAGUGAGGUAGUUUAAGAAGCAUUGCAUAUUAUGACACAUCCUUCUGGCUGCUGGCAACUUGCCAAGCAUUCUUUUCAUCACGAGACACUACUUGGUGCUAAACAUAAAUUUUGAAGGCUUUUGUCGUGUUGAUGACAUGUCUGUGUCUUGUUCAGUCUCAUGAGUACAGCUGUCGAGCUUCAGUGUCAAAGAAAGAUAUUUCCUGGCAAAGGUCAGGAAUGAUCUCUCUUUGUGUCCAAGUGUUCAAAGAGGCUUUACAAUAAUAUACAGACUUCUCGUAGCCUAAAACUGGUUGUGAAUGGAUUGUGAGACACGUUUUUUAAGCAACUUCAUUUUGCGUGCUGUGUGAACAGUGCAAGACAUGCUGUGCAUAUCUGUCAUCAUCGCACCCUCUUGAGGGCAGAACUUUUGUGACAACUACACUGUUCGUUUGCAGAUCUGUUCAUUCCUUCUGAAGGGGUGUACAGAAUUUUCUGUACGGCAAACUGUGUAUAGUUGAUUUUUUCUAGUGCUUAAGAUUAUACGACUGUAAUCUUUAGGAGAGCUUAUAGCUAUGGCAACAUAGUAGCCUCCUUAAAAGGCAGGGUUAACCUUUUUUUAUUGUGAGAACAAAACAGCACGCACAAGUAACACUAGCUACCUCCUGAAAUUUAAAUUGGCUAAAUACUAUUUAUUUAGUAUGUUAUCAAGCACAUCGCUAUGAAUAGUGGAUCUUCUUGUAUUGGAAUUUGUUUAUUGGUAUACGAAAGAGACAUGUUUAGCUGAUUUGAUAAAUUUGACCUUGUCAUCAUCUGAAAUGUCAACCUUACCUAAAGCGCAAUGCAAUUUGGAAAAGAACAUAAAAACUAGAUAGGAUGUACACUAGUCCUCAUGCUAGGUCUUUGUGAUGUAUUGAGAAAAAUAGCAUCUGCUCAGGACUAGAGUUUGUAAAUAAAGAUUUCAUUUCAUUAUAAAACCAAA